AACUCGGUUCGGCCGCGUCGUGGAGAGCUUCGCGAAAUUGCAAACCAUUUCACCUUCCACACGGUUGAAGGUCUGUUGCUUCUGCUGCAGUUUUGUCUUUGGCUCCGCUCGAUUGCAACUCAUUCAACAACACUAUCCGCUUUGAGCUUGGUCCGGUCUUGGCCUGGCACGUACGUACGAACGUACGUACAUAUGAACAAAACGAGGAAGUGAGCCAGUUAAUGUGAAAAUGGACUAAUUUCGCUGUUUUCCCGUUUCGGAACUGUAUCGUUUGUAGCGUUUGCUAGCUGCCCGCUGAGGCAGCGCAGUGGCCCGUAGUAGAGUAGUCAAGUGAAGUUGUGCACACAAUCGACAACCUGAUCCAGCGCUGGUGAUAACGAGGAAAGUCUCUAAACAAGCUGCUACUGCUGCUGGUAUUCUGUAUUGUCAGCGAUUGGAGAACUUUCUGUCUUUCUGACGUGGUUGCGCGCUGGUUCCGAGUUACUAAACACGUUCGUGACCGAAAAAGACAAACAUACAACAGUGGCUCCAAAAGUCAUUAUAGUAUGAUUCUUAAAGACACCGUGAUUCAUCGAUUCUCGUCUGUAAAUACUAGUACAAACAGUUCAAUAGUGAAGACUUGGAAGUACGCAACAAAAAGCGUAAAUAAAAAACGUGUGUUUCGGUUCUACGGAGAGCUUCGAAGCAACAACCACAACAACAAUAACAACCACUGCAAAAUAGUGCUGCUAAUUACUGCAUACGAUAAUGAGCAAACCGGCAGGCACUGCGAUUAAGUCAAAUCGCAUUUCGCGCGACAGCGGCAUUUGCGUGGAAGACGGCGGCCGGAGCAAAUCGCCCCUGGGCAGUGAUAGUGCGGUGAAAAAGCGAUUUCCGGCUGGAGGAGGCGGUGCACUGCUAGUUGGCAAACCGGCCGGACGGUCGUCUUACGUUCGUCGGUUAACGCAACAUUUCGAAAAUUUGACCUGCCACGAUGAAAGCGACUGCAGCACGCCGACCUCAUCCACCUCCGAGGAACAACGCUUGUCGGGGUCUUAUCAUUCCGACUGGAAUUUAACCGCACCGACGGGGGGCGUAAGAGAAAAAGUGAAGGCAACAGCGGAAGUUGAACAGCAAGUGCAAAGUGUUGAUGAGUGUGAUAAGAAGGGUGGUCCGAAAAUGGAUGCCGCAGUGGCAGUGAUUGAAAAUAUUUACGAAGAAAUUUUAGUUGGUAAGAAUGCUUCCUCCAAAUUUAGCGUUAGGCAACAGAUGCAAUUCACAUCGGCGGUGGAGUUCGACGAUAUCGAUCGGUCGGGGGUUCACCUUGAGGGCGAUACUAAGGCCGAAAACGUUCACCGUACAGAUAAGAUAAUGAAGGCCGUACACCACAGCAAAGCGAACAGGAAUAUAGAGUUGGCAAAGGAAGCUACGGAAUCACUAAUAGUGGCGGAGGCGAGAAAUGUGCCUCUAACAAGCGAACCCGCUUAUGACGAUCACUGUUACGACGAUGAUGAUGAUGAUGAUGAUGACGACGAUGACUUUAGUGACUCGGAUUCUUUCGAUUCAACCGAUGAUGAGGAACAUGCAGUCAUUGACUCUAGACCCGACUCAAACUCUUCUAUCAAAUCCGAACGCAUUACCAGCAUUAUGAGGGAACUACUGGAGAACGAAGAAAAUUAUGUCCAAACACUUGCCAAAGGUAUCGAACACUAUGUUAGUGUAAUGAGUAAGAAUGACUUGCCUCUAGGAUUGCGUGGACAACGGUUUCACAUUUUCGGUAACAUCGAAAACAUCUAUAAGUUCCACAAAGAAAAGUUCCUACCAAAGUUGCGUGAAAACCGAGCGAGUAUUCAAGGAAUUGCCGAAACUUUUAUCCAAUUCAUCGAACAGGACCGUUUCUACUGCUAUAUCCUGUUUGCUCUCAAUCGUCCGAAAUCGGAAAGGAUUUGUAACAAAAACUUGGAGUUUUUCCAAGAACGCCAGAACGAAGUUGGUGAUAAGUUGGGACUGAAUAGCUUUCUCCUGCAGCCGAUUCAACGGCUGCCGCGAUAUAAGCUACUGCUAGCGGAGAUCAACAAGGAAGUGCUCAAACUGAUAGCCGACUGUUUGCUCACCUCAGUCAAGGAUGAAAUCGGUAUCCUCUGCAAGGCAGAAAAGAGGCUUGAACGUUUCAUUGACGUAGUCAACGAGGCUAUGAGUAUCAACGAUAUUAAAGAGUGCUAUGAACAGGAGACAAAUGCGAUGCAAAAGGAACUGAUGAACCCAUUAUCAUUAGCUUUCAAUAUCUUCAACCAAGUCGUAGACUUGCCUCCGGUGUUGAUUCUUAGGGCUAGGAAUAGAAGAAACCCGGCGAAAAAUAAGCCAAUAAAUCUCUUUCACGUGGGCAAAUUCCGCAAAAUGUUCGAAAUGGACAUUUACGAUUGGGACCGAAGGCGGCGCUACCCGAGCAAGAUAUUCUUCUUCGAGAAGUGCCUAAUCUACACGGAGAAGUUCAAGGACUAUCUGGAGUAUCGAGGCCACCAUGUUGACUCCGAGGUAGCCGUCUACAACGAAGGCAAGAGCAAGCUGUGCGUGUUUGCUCGGAAGCGAGGAAUUCAGGAGGUGGAAAUUUACGGAAGUGAAAUUGGACUGGUACAGAAAAUGGCCAGCUACAUCGAGAAUAUGAUGAGGGGCUACGCCGUGCAAGAACGACAACGAGUCAACGAUUCGAAUAGCAAGAAAAACUACCAGCACGAGCAGCGAGUUCCCAGUGUGAAGACCAUCAAUCGAGGGAGUAUGGCCAGUACCAUGAGUACCAUUUCGUUGGUCAGUAAUGCUAGUAGUCGUGAUAGCUACGAAUCCACUUCUCAAACUACAUGGUAUGUUGUACUGGAUGCUGAGAAACCCGUCCAGAGUCUGGUAUCGUCGCAAAAGCACUUUUGUCAGAUCAUGCUGGCAAACCGGAAGUACUACUUCAACGAACUUCCCGAGGAACUUUCACAGGGUAUAUGCGCAUUCAUAGAGGUGUACGACCGAAUUUUGGAAAUUCAUGUCAAGCGAGUCAACACAGAUUUUGCCUCCCCAGAUAUAGACAUUGACCAACUUUGCGAGUUGUUCAUCGGGUACUUUCAGGAAUCUUUAUUCGAACCAUACAACACAUAUUUGAUUCAUUUUAAAAAGGCUGGAGGAAUUAUGAAAAACAUACAUCGUGCAUCGCGCACUUCCCUCACUGGAACGAUGGUAGCGCAAACGAUGGAAGACUUCACCUUCCUGCCGGUGGACAUAUGGAAUAAAUAUCAUAACUUUUUCAAAUCGCAAAUCGUACGCAUGUCGGAAGCGAUGAACGAAAACAUCGACAGUUCGGAUAAGGAUCUGUUCCGCAAGCUUGCAUUCGUCGAAGUCCAGAUAAAUAGCUUCCGUAAAACAUUGGUGCAGAACUAUCGGCUGUUCAGUUUGGAUGAAAAUGUUUCCCCAUCCAGCCUCGGGCUGGUGGUUUAUUCCGAUCGGGUUCGAUACGGAAAUGAAACACUAAGUUCACACAGAAUUUUGCUGUGCGAGAAGGGAACCGUUUGCGUUAAGGUUCAACAGGUUAAGGAAAUCGAUCGGCAGAUGGAAAAAUAUACCCGCAUUGUGUUUGUCGAUAAGUUCCGACGACCAGAAAUGGUGGCAAAGCAAAGCCGAAAGUCGGAACUUAGAGUAAACUUUGAAAUCAACGGAUCGAAACAUCCGGUCGAUUUCGGCAACAAAGCUCACAAGGAUAAGUUUUAUGGGAACUAUUGCAUGCAUUAUGAGAAAUGCGUUAGGAAGCGGUUGUGAGCAUAUUUGUUUAUGAAAAAGACAAGUAAUCAAUGAGAGGAAACGAUUUAAAUGAAUUAUGAUUUUUAAUAGAAAACUGGUUGAUACCGUUGGUUGCAAUAUUUGACAAAUAAAAGAAUUGUAAAGGAUGUGUGCAUUCUAGUUUUGCCUACCUGUGGAUCACAAUUUAAUCAUUUGUUAAUCUCACAAUGAAAAAAAUACUAUAAAUUGACGAGGCAACUAAUAACCAGCGCCAUGAGCCAUCGAUCCAUUAUUGUUGCAAAUCGUGCUAAAAGUUCAAACUUUUUAGAUACUCGCCGGUGAAACCGGGCCAGUGCAAUGGAUUCUACUAAACUCUAGCAGCACCACCCAACCGCGACUCGAACAUGCGACGACUGACUUGUUAGACCAGCAGUGAAACCCUCGAAGCUUACAGAGCGGUUCAUCACACCCUCAAUAGCGGUGUUAAAAAACUCACAGGACAAUAUAUACAU